UUGACAGGUACCGUUGCUUUUCCACCCUCUGUAGUAGGGUGAGUACAGAGUGGACGGAUGUAUAUAAGAAGCCAGGAUGCACAGAAUUUGCACAGUUCAAGAUGACUUUGACAAACGUAAGAUCGCUCUUCCUCCUCGUCGUUGCCGUCUCCGUCGGCAGCAAUGUGUUGUGCAGUCCGCUGUUGAACAGUUUACGAAUCCUCGACAAACCUGACCAAGCUAUCAACAACAGUCGUUCGAAUCAUCAAAAUAUCAGCAGCCUUGGUCUCUUUUCUGUGCCGGCCGAAGAAAAUUAUUCGGAUGACUUGGACACGGACAGGAUAACCGGAGGAAAAUACGCGAGGAAGAAUCAGUUUCCGUUUAUGGCUGUGGUCCAUCGGUUGAUAGGCGAAGGAUACGUUAGUCAAUGCGGUGGAACAAUUAUUUCUCGCAGAUGGGUAUUGACAGCGGGUCACUGUGUUGCCGAAGAACCGCGAAAAUUCUUCGUGCUGUUUGGCGUCAACGAUAAAUCCGGCAUGGGCUACAAUUACUACCAAGGGCCUGGGAUCUCUAUGAUGACCGAAAUAGGGGCACUUCAUCCAGCCUACAAGCCAACCAUAAAUGAUGUCGGUUUGCUCUACAUGCCGCGGGAUAUUCCAUUUGGACAAAGCAUCAAGCCAAUUAGCUUGCCAGGAUGCAACAGCAUGAACAAUGAUUUUGCCGGGAAAUUCGGUAUCGUCAUCGGAUGGGGGAAAGAUAGAUCCACAGGCGUGGGAACCAGUUCGUUGAAAUACGCCACGUUGCCGAUCAUUUCAAACUCCGAAUGCGUAAAGAGCUGGGCCGUGACGUCGACUAAACACGUGUGCACGGCAGCCGGUUACGGAGAGGACGCUUGUCAGGGUGACAGUGGUGGUCCUCUAAUCGUGUACCAAAAUAAUGUUCCUGUUCAAAUCGGAAUUGUCAGCUACGGAGACGCGAAUUGCCCUAGUAAUCGGCCUGGCGUAUUCUCAAGAGUAACUGGCUAUAUAGACUGGAUCCAACAAGUCACAGAAGAAUACUACUAAAAAAAUAAAAUAUAACAAGAACCAUUUUGCAAAACGAAAAACUUUUCUGUAAUGUAUUCAUAUAAAUAAAUAAAUAAAUCAAUCAAUCAAUCAAUCAA